UUAAGUUGGUCCUCUCAUUUUUAGAUCAAUAAGGAGAGAGAUGAAAGAAGAAAACAAAUAUCUCCAACACAAAAUGGAUUUGAAGAUAAUUCAAGAUGAGAAAAUAACUUCUCAUGAAGUUAAAGUUGAAGCUCAAUCAAAUGAAGAAUUAGAAGUUAAUCAUAACUUCCAUAAUAUACCAAAAAAGCCCCACAAGUUUAUAGGUGUUCGAAAACGUCCUUGGGGAAAAUAUGCAGCUGAAAUUAGGGAUUCAACAAGGAACGGAAUUAGGGUUUGGCUUGGAACAUUUGAUACGGCUGAAGAAGCUGCUUUGGCUUAUGACCAAGCCGCGUUUUGCAUGAGAGGUCCUUCAAUUUGCUUGAAUUUCCCAGUGGAAAAAGUGCGCGAUUCGCUAACAAAAAUGGAAUGUAGCUACUUGUUGCAAGAUGGAUUAAUGUCACCAGCUGAAGCCCUAAAAGAAAAACACAAGAAGAGAUCAAGAAAAAUGAAAAAUGUUAAAGAAGAAGAAAAUGUGUUGAUAUUUGAAGAUUUAGGUGCUGAUUUAUUAGAUGAAUUAUUAUCUAAGUACUCUUCAAGUUCAAAUUAAUCUACAUAUUUCUACAUGUGUAAGUACAUCUAGUAUAUGUCAAAAAAUAAAUAAAAAUGGAAUGUAUGUUCCUUGUUCAUG